GACUCUUCACUCCCUCCCCCCCCCCCCACAGCUGGUUUUGGGGGUUUGCUUUCCUGGAGCGGCUCACGUGUUUGGCCGCCAUGCCCGCUUCUACUACGGUAGAGACCGCGCGCUUCGGCUACGCUGCGGAUCCUGCAGGCUCGGAGCUUCGGUAACCAGUUCGGCGCCAUGGCGUCCCAGGGUCGUCGGCGGAGGCCGCCGCGGAGGCCCGAGACGGUGGUGCCGGGGGAGGCGGCCGAGACGGACUCGGAGCUUUCUGCGUCCUCGUCGGAGGAGGAGCUGUACCUGGGCCCCUCGGGCCCGACGCGCGGCCGCCCCACGGGACUGCGGGUGGCGGGGGAAGCCGCGGAAACCGACUCGGACUCGGAGCCGGAGCCGACCGCCGCGCCGGGGGACCUGCCUGCGCUGGUGGUGCAGCGGGAUACUGCCGGGGAGGCUUGGGGCGCGGAGGAGACCCCGGCGCCGGCCCCUGCGCGCUCGCUGCUGCAGCUCCGGCUGGCCGAGAGCCAGGCGCGGCUGGAUCACGACGUGGCGGCCGCGGUGAGCGGCGUGUACCGUCGCGCUGGCCGCGACGUGGCUGCCCUGGCCAGUAGGCUCGCGGCCGCCCAGGCGGCAGGGUUGGCGGCGGCCCACAGCGUGCGCCUGGCUCGGGGAGACCUCUGCGCGCUGGCCGAGCGGCUGGACAUCGUGGCUGGCUGCCGCCUGCUGCCCGACAUCCGCGGCGUUCCGGGGACCGAAACUGAGCAAGACCCGGGACAGAGGGCCUAGCGGGAAGCCACUACCCGCCUGACACUGCGCCCUGAGGGUAGUCCUCAAGGCCUCUGGGACCUGGUCCUGUACCCUGUGUAGCUCCCCUGCGCAUCUUGCUGUCACCCUCCGGGCGAGCCUCGCCCCCUGGAUAAUGCCGCGUGGUGGGGGGUACGGGAUGGGAGUGGUAAUAUUGUGCGGUUCUACCCUGACUUUAGCAUCUGGUUCCAACCCCCAGCCCCUGGCCCUGUCUGUUCCCUGGUUCCAAGCCUGUCCCUGAGGCUUGGCUCCAGCCCCUGGUAACCAGUAGUUCUUGAUCUUUCUGCGUCGUAGGGUCUCACCUCUCUGUGCUCUGCCUUUCUUGACUUUGGGUUCUACUCAGGGGCCGGUUCUUGCUUCCCGCAGGAGCCCCAGAAUCUGGUGCAUCCUCCUUCCCUCUCUUGGCUCUGCCUCUGGUCCUAGACGCACCUCUGAAAUUUUGUACCCCCUUACCCCCCACUCCCCCACCGGCUGGGCCCUGGCCCACGUUCCAUCUCCUGGUCCUGGUUCUGCUGUCUCCUCGCUUGCAGUCCCUGGGCUUAGUUCCUCUCCUGGACCCCAUCCCUUUUCCUGAGUCCAGCUGUAGCUUUAGGAUCAGUUUUGUGUCUUUUGCCUUCCUCCUUCUGCUUAUACUACUUACCGGAUGAUGAGCUUUACAGACACCCACCCAUGGUUUCCUUCAUCAGGUGGAAGGUGAGGCCCCCUCCUGACCCAAGGGAGUCCUCCCAAUUUUCCAGGCCCAAGAGAGCACCUUCAGCAGUCCCACUAGACCAAGUUGUUAUGUCGUCCCCACCCUCCUAGCCAAGGUGGCAUUUUGUGUCCAAGUUCUAGAUGCAACAUGGGUCUCCUCUUGACUCUCCAGGCUGGCAGUGGCACUCAGGGCCUGAUGGAUCUUCUUGGUGCUUUCUGACCCCGAUUGGCAGAUAAGGACCACACACACAAAGUGUCUGUUCCCAAGGUUGGCGGCUGGAGGCUACAGGGACUUGGAUUUCUGGCUCAGCUCAGGGUCUGGGGUUAGCAGACUCUCUGCCCUCUCUUCUUUCCCCAGCCCUGGCCCCUAAGUCUCAUUCACAUUUAUCUGCCUCCCGCACUUUGUAAUCCCAACCCAAAGCUGAGAUCUGAGCCCCAUCCCCAUAGAGAAGUAAAGAAGGAUGCUCUAUGUCGUCUCAUUAAAACUCAAAACACUUA